AUGAGAAAUAAUAUUUUAAGAAAGUUUAUUACAAAUAAUAAAAAUGUAAAAAGUUGUAAUGUAUUAAAAAGAGGAUAUUUUGUCAGUAUUCUCUCAAAUAAUGGAAUGAAAUAUAAUUAUAACAACUUAUAUAAUAUUAAUAAUUAUUUUAUAAGGGGGCACGGCCAAAAUAAUAUUAAAUACUUUUCAACAGAAAACGAAGAAUUAAGUUCAUAUACUAAGGAACAGAUUGAAGAAAAAGUUUUGAAUGUUCUAAAAAAAUACAUAUCACCUGAUGCGGAAAUUAAUUAUAAUGAAGAUUUAGAGAAAAAUAAAACCAAAGAUGAUAGAGCAUGGGAUUUUUUAGAUACCGUGGAAUUUUUAAUAGAUAUUGAAUCUGAGUUCAACAUCACAAUACCAGAUGAAACGGCUGACGGUAUAAAAACAGUACAAGAAGUAAUAGAUUAUUUGGUUAAAUUAAAUAUUAAGAAGACCUAA